ACUACAGGCUCCUCUAAUAUGACCGCCCUAGAAAUUUAACGUCAGAUGUUCGGGGAGGGGAUGCUACUUGGGUCGCUUCUUUAGGGCUUGUUUCAAGGACCUGCUGCUUGUUUUUGCUCACGUGACCUGGCAACACUGGUCGUAGUCUACUCAUCUAUUCCCAACAAGACAUGAAAUGAAACACGCGCCAAGGAAUGUUGUGAAUUAAAUAUUUCUUAGAAUGUUAAAGCAAACGGAGCAGUUACUUCGUUUAGCAAGAAACGUAUCUAAAAUAUUAAUUUGGUGCGAUAUGGAUGGCUGUGCGAUAAAGACAUUUCGCAAACCAUAGCAAGCAAGCCAUUGUUUGUGUCUGUUGGACUUCUCCACAUCAAGAUCAACAAGCAACAGCUAUCGUUCACAUUUAGGCUUCCAAUGAACUCAUAUCAACUCCACGAUUGAAGAAACACCGGAGUAUCGACUAACAUUAGAGUGAAGACAAUCCAAAGCAGCACGACACAAGUGCCUCCAGCACUGAAGGUCCCCCUCUUCCUGAGUGUGACUCGUCCCCACGACGUCACAAAUGCGACCAUGGGAAAUAGCAGUGAAUAGGCGGCCACCACCUGCCCCCUUAAAUCAAAGGAGGUUCCUUGGGGAGCCCUGCAACACCCCUGUUCAUCUCAGGAGAAGCCCUCCAUUACGACGACAGUGGGGUCAACGAGAUCGGCCUGUACUGCACGGCUCCCUACACCAAGAUGAGAACUUCCACCACUCGCUCUUCUCGCAGCAGCCGCCGCAGCAGCAGCAGCAGAUUCCUUUAGAUGAGUCUAGACAGUACAGCCAUACCAGCGCACCGCCACGUAUGCUCCACCCUGCCACGCACCCUCCUCAGCAGAGUCCCAUCAUGGUGGAUCUUCACGAGCAGAUGCACCAAGGAUCAGUCCCAAUAUCUUACACAGUUACCACGGUGACGACCCACGGUUUUCCUAUCCACACCGGGCAACCUAUCCCAGGGUGCAACACUCAGCAGCUCCCAGCAUGCUCGGUAAUGUUCAGCGGACAGCUCUCUCUGCUCUGCUGCCUUCCUCCUCCUCUAAUCCAAGCAUGUACAAUGCAGCAUUUGCCAGUGUCUUACCAAGCCUUCCCGCCACUCAUCUCCAGUGAGCAUUUUAUACUGCAUCCCUCUCCACCUGUGCCCCCACACCAGCCACCACACCUUGCUCCUCUGAGCCAGUUUGUUCCCUUGCAGCCUCAGCAUCCGCGCAUGCCUCUGCAGAGGGUAGAAAAUGAAGUUGACCUAAGAGGGGACCAGCACCCAUUGGGGACCUUCUCCUAUCCUCCUGCACAUCAUCCACCAGCAAUGCCUCCCUCAAUGCCCCUGCAGUACCUUCCUCAAGAGCCGCUUCACCAGGAACUGCCCUUUGGAGUGCCAUAUCCCCAUGUCCUGCCAAGGCGUGUCAAUGGACAGAGAUACAGGUUACAGCAGCCUUUGCCCCCGCCACCUCCACCACCCCCCUACUACCCUGGAUUCUUACCUUAUUUCCUCUCAAUGCUUCCAGUGCCUCCAACUGCAGUGGGCCCAGCCAUAAGUCUGGACUUGGAUGUGGAUGAUGUAGAGAUGGAGAACUAUGAGGCAUUGCUCAAUUUGGCCGAGAGACUUGGCGAGGCCAAACCGCGAGGACUCACUAAAGCCGACAUAGAACAGCUUCCGUCCUACCGGUUCAAUCCUGAGAACCACCAAUCUGAACAAACUCUGUGUGUUGUAUGCUUUAGCGAUUUUGAGUCAAGGCAGCUACUCCGAGUACUACCCUGUAACCACGAGUUUCAUGCUAAGUGUGUGGACAAAUGGUUAAAGACCAAUCGCACGUGUCCAAUCUGUCGAGCCGAUGCCUCUGAGGCUCACCGGGACGUCGAUUGAGCCAGCUCCAAGUCCUGCAUUGGAGAAACAGCACAAAAAAAAACACAGGACGAAGAAGAACAAAAAAAAUCCAACAAAAUGACAAAACACAACUGGAGUCUGUGACUGGGGAUGACCUGCCACCUAACCUGUGCUCUCCAGCCAAACCGAUACCAACAUCCCUCCCCCUCCCCCACCUCAACCAAUAAGCAAUCUUGGAUUUUGUAUGGAACGUGUUUGACCUCUGCUGUGCAUCGUCGUGUGAGUUUCAUCAACGCUACUGCCUACUAUAGCCACCAAUAGUUAUGGAAUUUUUAAUCUCUCCUUUCCCAGUUCCCUUUUUGCUUUUCUGCCCUCGUAUUUUGCAGAUUCCAAAGAUUUAACAUGUAUGUGAUGAGUUGCCAUUUUUCUUAUUUUCUUUUUUCUUUUUUUUUUUGUUAAUGGAAUGUUCUCUAGCUAUUCUGGCUUUUUCUUCACAUAAGGCGCUACUAUAAGGUCAGCAGCGAGAGGCAGUUAUAAGACUGGGAUGAGGGGAUGGUUGGAUAUGCAGAUAGUGCAAUCAGCCGAGCAGGGAAGGCUUAAACAGUUGGUUGGUUGAAGUCAAUGGGCCAUUCCACUGGUUCAAAAGAAACCGUUUGACCGCCAUAGAUGCAUGUUUGUGUAGGUGAUGGGCAAAGUGACUUGUUAAAUAAUGUACGUUUUUUGCAAUAAUGUAUCGACAAUUUCAAUAUCGCUAUCCAAUUUUUAGUUUUAAAACUUUAUUUUCACCUGCGAAUGCUAUUGUGAAAGUAUGACUUGCAGUGGUUAAACGUUCAGAAUCUUUUAACGCCUGAUGUACAAGGAGAAAAAAAAAAGAAGAAAAAAAAAAGAUCCAAUGCGAAAUAUGACUGCAAACGAUGGACAUGCACCUGGUUGGAAACCCUGACCCCUUCCCAACAUUUUCCACUUGCUCACAUGGACCUGAAAAGGGUUUAGGAGCUUCCCCUUAUGCAGGGGGAGGCAUU